AUGGAUCAGAACAGGGAAGAAGGCAUGAAGAAGAUCAGCAAUGUGAAUCUGGACAAACUGAUAGAUGACUUCUCGCAGAUAGAAAAGAAAAUGAUAGAAACCACUGGAAAGAACAACCUUCUGGAUAUUCAGCUGGAAAAGGCUAACAGUUUAUUAAAGAUAAUGCAAACAAAAGAGACCUCAAUGAAAGAAGAAUGUAUUGCUCUGCAUAAUAUGAUAAAGGGGCUACAACAGACUGUACAGUAUCAACACAAUUUGAAAGGUGAAAAUGAACAACUAAAAAGAAAUGUUGAUUUUAUGAAACAGAAGUUAAAAUCUCAUGAGCAGGAAUUUAAGAAUAAUAUCGCCAAACUUAUAAGUGAAAUGAAAAUCAAAGAGGAGGAGCACAGAGCCGAACUGAGCAAGCUCUAUCAGGAUAUGCAGAAAAAAGUUGAACUAAAUGAAGAAAAGCAUAAAGAACUAAUGGCUAAGAAGGAAAUGGAAAUAUCAGAGUUAAAUGCAAAGCUGAAAACUCAGGAGAAGGAAAAGCAAAGUGAAAUCCUCAGACUACAUCUAGAAUUUGACACUAAACUAGCAAGAGCCCAGACUAAAUCAAAAUCAUAUCCGGAUGCUACUAUUUUGCCGCAAAGUAUCUACAGAAGGAAGCUUCAGCAUCUUCAGGAGGAAAAGAGCAAGGAGAUCGCAAGUCUCCAGAACACUAUCCGAGACCUAGAACAGCGCCUCACAGCCUCCAAAGACAACCGCCUCACACGGAGACGGUUUUGAGCAGAGUGCUUAAUGCAUUAGCUACACCUUAGCUUUAAAAAAAAAUUAAAAAUUCACUUCUAUUUUCAAUGUGAGCAUGCUGAACAGUAAAGACACACACUUUAAGGCUUUUUAAAUUGCAUUUAUUUUGAUACAUCUGUACUGUAGCCAGUUAACUCUGUACUCCAUUCUUGCUUAAUUGUAUUAGCCAUAAAAGAGCUCAGGUUCAUAGGACUGUGUUUCUCUAUUAAACCAUCAUUGAUUAUGGAAAUACUGUCUUAAGCAGCACACAGUUUAACACCAUACUUUUCUUCCAUUACUUCUUUCCAGAGAGUCGCUCACAACUCAGAAGAGUAAUACAGCAUUAGAUGAAGAAAACAAGAUGCAGAUAUAUGUAAUGAAACUCCAGCUAGGAGUCUUAGAGAUAAAAAAGAUAAGUAGGUAUUUAAAAUGUAGUCUGUUAAAGAUUUACUCAGUUUAAAAUGUAAGAGAGAAAGACAAAGUUUCUGUUGUUUUAAGAGUUUAAGUAAAGAAAAAACUGGAAAAUAUGUCUUUGUUGUUCUUUCUCCGUUCUUAAUUACGAGCUAUCCAACAGAAACCCCUAGGUCAUAGUUUAUGUUUCUGUUCUCAUCAAUGUAACCAGAACACUGGAAAAAGGAAAAAGAAAGACAUAUUAACCAACGGCUGCAAU